AUGGAGGAGAGCCAGGGACAGGAGUCAAACACUGUCAAUUUGAUAGAGAAGGAGAUAAGGUGCCGCCAGCCUGAGGGCUGCAAUGUGGGGCACCCCGGAAAAAGAUGCCGCAGCCGCCAUCUUUGUUUUGUGCUGAAAGUCGCUAUUGACGCCCGCGGACAGCCGGGCGAAGGGAAGUGGCAAGAUGGCGACUCCCACGGCGGAGGCGUGGAGGAGCACGGAGGGCCCCGUCACGGCCACCGCGCCGUGGCCAUCAAGGAGCUCAUCGUGGUGUUCGGCGGUGGCAACGAGGGGAUAGUGGAUGAACUGCACGUGUACAACACGGCAACCAACCAGUGGUUCAUCCCAGCUGUGAGAGGGGACAUCCCCCCUGGGUGUGCAGCCUAUGGCUUUGUGUGUGACGGGACUCGCCUGCUGGUGUUUGGUGGAAUGGUAGAGUAUGGGAAGUACAGCAAUGACCUCUACGAGCUCCAGGCAAGUCGGUGGGAGUGGAAGAGACUCAAAGCAAAGACACCCAAAAACGGGCCCCCUCCGUGUCCUCGGCUUGGGCACAGCUUCUCUCUUGUGGGCAACAAAUGCUACCUGUUUGGGGGUUUGGCCAACGAUAGCGAGGACCCCAAGAACAACAUUCCGAGGUACCUGAAUGACUUAUACAUCCUGGAAUUACGGCCAGGCUCCGGAGUGGUGGCCUGGGACAUCCCCAUCACUUAUGGCGUCCUGCCCCCACCGCGGGAGUCGCACACUGCUGUGGUCUACACUGAGAAAGACAACAAGAAGUCCAAGCUGGUGAUCUACGGAGGGAUGAGCGGCUGCCGCCUGGGGGACCUCUGGACCCUAGAUAUAGAGACUCUGACAUGGAAUAAGCCCAGUCUCAGUGGAGUGGCACCUCUUCCUCGAAGUCUCCACUCGGCCACAACCAUAGGCAACAAAAUGUACGUGUUUGGUGGCUGGGUGCCUCUCGUCAUGGAUGACGUCAAAGUGGCCACACACGAGAAGGAGUGGAAGUGCACCAAUACACUGGCUUGUCUCAACCUGGAUACCAUGGCCUGGGAGACCAUCCUGAUGGACACACUGGAGGACAAUAUUCCCCGAGCCCGAGCUGGCCACUGUGCCGUGGCCAUCAACACCCGCCUGUACAUAUGGAGUGGGCGUGAUGGCUACCGAAAGGCCUGGAACAACCAGGUCUGCUGCAAGGACCUCUGGUACCUGGAAACAGAAAAACCACCGCCUCCAGCCCGGGUACAGCUGGUGCGCGCUAACACCAACUCCCUGGAGGUGAGCUGGGGGGCAGUGGCAACCGCCGACAGUUACCUUCUACAGCUCCAGAAAUACGACAUUCCUGCCACGGCUGCAACUGCCACCUCCCCCACACCCAAUCCAGUCCCGUCCGUGCCUGCCAACCCCCCCAAGAGCCCUGCCCCCGCAGCAGCCGCACCUGCUGUGCAGCCGCUGACCCAAGUAGGCAUCACACUCCUGCCCCAGGCCGCCGCCACACCCCCUACCACCACCACCAUCCAGGUGUUGCCACCAGUGCCAGGAAGCUCAAUUUCCGUGCCCGCUGCAACCAGGACACAAGGUGUUCCUGCUGUUCUCAAAGUGACUGGUCCUCAGGCUACAACGGGAACCCCCUUGGUCACCAUGCGACCCGCUAGCCAAGCCGGGAAAGCCCCUGUCACUGUGACCUCCCUUCCUGCAGGCGUGCGAAUGGUUGUGCCAUCCCAGAGUGCUCAGGGGACGGUGAUCGGCAGCAACCCACAGAUGAGUGGCAUGGCUGCGUUGGCCGCUGCAGCCGCUGCCACCCAGAAGAUCCCUCCUUCCUCGGCGCCAACUGUGCUGAGUGUCCCAGCAGGCACCACCAUCGUCAAGACCGUGGCCGUGACACCUGGUACUACCACCCUCCCGGCCACUGUCAAGGUGGCUUCCUCACCAGUCAUGGUGAGCAACCCAGCCACUCGGAUGCUGAAGACUGCAGCUGCCCAGGUGGGGACAUCCGUCUCCUCCGCUGCCAACACAUCCACUCGCCCCAUCAUCACGGUGCACAAGUCCGGGACUGUGACUGUGGCCCAGCAAGCCCAGGUGGUCACCACAGUUGUGGGCGGGGUCACCAAGACCAUCACCCUGGUGAAGAGCCCCAUCUCUGUCCCAGGAGGCAGUGCUCUGAUUUCCAAUCUGGGCAAAGUGAUGUCAGUGGUCCAGACUAAACCAGUUCAGACUUCCGCAGUUACAGGCCAGGCGUCUACGGGCCCAGUGACUCAGAUCAUCCAGACCAAAGGGCCCCUGCCAGCUGGGACCAUCCUGAAGCUGGUGACCUCAGCAGAUGGCAAGCCCACCACCAUCAUCACUACCACGCAGGCCAGUGGGGCUGGGAGUAAGCCCACCAUCCUGGGCAUCAGCAGCGUGUCGCCCAGCACCACCAAGCCUGGCACGACCACUAUCAUCAAGACCAUCCCCAUGUCAGCCAUUAUCACCCAGGCGGGCGCUACAGGUGUGACAAGCAGUCCUGGCAUCAAGUCCCCCAUCACCAUUAUCACCACCAAGGUUAUGACUUCAGGAACUGGAACACCUGCGAAAAUCAUCACUGCUGUCCCCAAAAUUGCCACUGGCCACGGGCAGCAAGGAGUGACCCAGGUGGUGCUAAAGGGGGCCCCUGGACAGCCGGGCACCAUUCUUCGCACCGUGCCCAUGGGGGGCGUCCGCCUCGUCACCCCUGUCACUGUCUCUGCCGUCAAGCCGGCAGUCACCACACUGGUUGUGAAGGGCACCACAGGCGUCACAACUUUAGGCACGAUGACUGGCACCGUUUCCACCAGCCUCGCGGGAGCUGGGGGCCACAGUACCAGUGCCUCCCUGGCCACACCCAUCACCACCUUGGGCACCAUUGCCACCCUCUCAAGCCAAGUGAUCAAUCCCACUGCCAUCACUGUGUCUGCUGCUCAGACCACGCUGACGGGGGCCGGAAGUCUUACCACACCCACCAUCACGAUGCAGCCUGUCUCCCAGCCUACUCAGGUGACUCUGAUCACGGCACCCAGCGGGGUUGAGGCGCAGCCUGUGCACGACCUCCCUGUGUCCAUUCUGGCCUCGCCUACUACAGAGCAGCCCACAGCCACCGUCACCAUUGCCGAUUCUGGCCAGGGUGAUGUGCAGCCUGGCACCGUGACGCUGGUGUGCUCCAACCCUCCCUGCGAGACCCACGAGACAGGCACCACCAACACCGCCACCACCACUGUUGUUGCUAACAUGGGAGGGCACCCCCAGCCGACCCAAGUGCAGUUCGUCUGUGACAGGCCUGAUGCAGCUGCUUCCCUCGUGACCUCGACCGUGGGGCAGCAGAACGGCAGCGUGGUUCGCGUCUGCUCCAACCCACCCUGUGAGACCCACGAGACGGGCACCACCAACACGGCCACCACUGCCACCUCCAACAUGGCUGGGCAGCUUGGCUGCUCCAACCCGCCCUGCGAGACCCACGAGACGGGCACCACCAGCACCGCCACCACUGCCAUGUCGAGCAUCGGUGCCGGCCAGCAGCAAGGCACCCGGCACGCCUGCGUGGCCACCACCAUUCCUGUGGUCCGGAUCAGCGUGCCCACCGGGACACUGGAGGGAGCCCAGGGUUUCAAGUCUUCAUGCCAAACUCGCCAGACCAGCGCGACGAGUACCACCAUGACUGUGAUGGCUACCGGGACCUCGCACUCAGACAGCCCGCUCCUUGCGCCAAGCCGGGCCCUGGAGGCUGCAGGCCAUAGCCCUGCUUUUGUGCAGUUGGCCUCUACGACUAGCCAAGUCAGGCUGGGCCCCAGCAGCAAGGACAGCCCUGUCACUGACCUAGGUCAGUUGGUAUCCAUGGGGCACCAGCCAGAGGCACAGCACACCCACACAACCAACACCCCCACCACAGCCCGCUCCAGCAUGGGUGCUGGGGAGUCUGGCGAGCUGCGGGGGAUCCCCACGCCUGCAUACGAGAGCUCAUCUAGUGCCUCUGUGACUGUGACAGGCCUGGAGGCACUGCUGUGCUCCUCGGCCACCGUGACCCAGGUCUGCUCCAAUCCACCAUGUGAGACCCACGAGACGGGUACCACCAACACGGCCACUACCUCGAAUGCAGGCAAUGCCCAGCGGGUCUGCUCCAACCCACCAUGCGAGACCCACGAGACAGGCACAACCCAUACACCCACCACCGCCACCUCCGGUGGGGGUGCAGGCCAGCCCGAGGCGGGGCAGCAGCCUCCUGCCAGCCGCCCCUGUGAGACGCACCAGACCACUUCCACCGGCACCACCAUGUCAGUCAGUGUAGGUGCCCUGCUCCCGGACAGCACCCCGCCCCUCAGGACCCUGGAGUCGGGGAUGGAGGGGGCAGCACCGCCUACCAGUGCUUCCCAGGCCAGCACUUCGCUGCUGACCCCUUUCCCAACACAGAGGGUGUGCUCCAAUCCCCCCUGUGAGACUCACGAGACAGGCACCACGCACACGGCCACCACUGUCACCUCCAACAUGAGCUCAAACCAAGAUCCGCCACCAGCUGCCAGUGACCAAGGAGAGGUGGAGAGCACCCAGGGUGACAGUGUGAACAUCACCAGCUCCAGUGCCAUCACAACGACUGUGUCCUCCACGCUGACGCGGGCUGUGACCACCGUGACACAGUCCACGCCAGUCCCCGGCCCCUCUGUGCCGAAGAUCUCAUCAGUGACUGAAACUGCCCCAGGGGCUCUGACCACCGAAGUCCCCAUCCCGGCCACGAUAACAGUGACCAUAGCCAACACAGAAACUUCUGACAUGCCCUUCUCUGCUGUUGACAUCCUGCAGCCCCCAGAGGAGCUCCAGGCCUCCCCCGGGCCUCGCCAGCAGCUGCCGCCACAGCAACUCCUGCAGCCUGCCUCCACCCCCCUGAUGGGGGAGUCCACCGAGGUCCUGUCAGCUUCACAGACCUCUGAGCUCCAGGCCGCUGUGGAUCUGAGCAGUACAGGGGACCCCGCUUCGGGCCAGGAGUCUGCCAACUCCGCCAUGGUGGCCACUGUGGUGGUCCAGCCACCUGCGCCCACCCAGUCGGAAGUAGACCAGUUGUCACUUCCCCAAGAGCUGAUGGCUGAGGCCCAGGCAGGCACUACCACCCUCAUGGUCACAGGGCUCACCCCUGAGGAGUUGGCGGUGACUGCUGCUGCCGAAGCAGCUGCCCAGGCUGCGGCCACAGAGGAAGCCCAGGCCCUGGCCAUCCAGGCGGUGUUGCAGGCUGCGCAACAAGCUGUCAUGGCAGGCACUGGGGAGGCCAUGGACACGUCCGAGGGGCCAGGAGCUGUGACACAGGCAGAGCUGAGCCACCUGUCGGCUGAAGGCCAGGAGGGCCAGGCCACCACCAUCCCCAUUGUGCUGACGCAGCAAGAACUGGCCGCCCUGGUGCAGCAGCAGCAGCAGCUGCAAGAGGCCCAGGCCCAGCAGCAGCACCACCACCUGCCCACCGAGGCCCUGGCCCCUGCCGACAGCCUCAAUGACCCAACCAUCGAGGGCAACUGCCUCAGUGAGCUGGCUGGGGCCGUGCCCAGCACCGUGGCCCUACUGCCCUCCACAGCCACUGAGAGCCUGGCUCCUUCCAACACGUUUGUGGCUCCCCAGCCCGUCGUGGGAUCCAGUCCCGCUAAGCUACAGGCUGCUGCUACCCUGACUGAGGUGGCCAAUGGCAUUGAGUCCCUGGGUGUGAAGCCAGAGCUGCCACCCCCGCCCAGCAAAGCCCCCGUGAAGAAAGAGAACCAGUGGUUUGAUGUGGGGGUUAUUAAGGGCACUAAUGUCAUGGUGACACACUAUUUCCUGCCACCAGAUGAUGCUGCCCCGUCUGAUGACGACUCGGGCACUCUUCCAGACUAUAACCAACUGAAGAAGCAUGAACUGCAGCCAGGCACAGCCUACAAGUUUCGUGUCGCUGGGAUCAACGCCUGUGGCCGGGGGCCCUUCAGUGAGAUUUCAGCCUUUAAGACGUGUCUGCCUGGUUUCCCAGGGGCCCCCUGUGCCAUUAAAAUCAGCAAAAGUCCAGAUGGUGCUCACCUCACCUGGGAGCCGCCCUCUGUGACCUCCGGCAAGAUCGUUGAGUACUCGGUGUACCUGGCUAUCCAGAGCUCACAGGCCAGUGCUGAGACCAAGAGCUCCACCCCUGCCCAGCUGGCCUUCAUGCGCGUGUACUGCGGGCCCAGCCCCUCCUGCCUCGUGCAAUCAUCCAGCCUCUCCAACGCCCACAUUGACUACACCACCAAGCCCGCCAUCAUCUUCCGCAUCGCUGCCCGCAACGAGAAAGGCUACGGCCCAGCCACCCAAGUGAGGUGGUUGCAGGAAACCAGUAAAGACAGCCCUGGCACCAAGCCAGCCAGCAAGCGGCCCAUGUCCUCUCCGGAAAUGUAAGAGGGAAGCCCCCUUUGGGGAACCUUCUGAGACUGAGGGUGGGGGGCUCCACUUCUUAAAUGAUGGAGGGGGCUUAACUGGGUAUGAACCCCCACUGGGUACCAGCCAGCAACCUACUGCAAGUCAUAGUGCCAUCAAGAGCCAUGCUAACUACCACUUUCUCUU